AUGAUUACUAAAUUGGAAGCAAAAAAUCAAAAUUUUCUAAAUUUAAGUAACUAAAGUAAUUACUAUUAUCUAAGAAUAGACUGAAGUAUUUUUGAAAUCUUAGAAAAAUAAGCAAUCACUUUUGAAAGUUCAUUUAGAUCUUAAGUGUAUUAAUUAUACAUAAAUGAAAUAAUAUUUAACAAAUAGAUCUGAAUUUAUUAAAUUAAAUAUUCCAGCAAAUAUAAAGAAGUAAGAUAUAAAACUAGAUUAACCAUAAUAACCUUAAUAACCAUUAAAUUAAAUAUAAUAAUUACAAACAUCUAAUUAAUAAUAAUAAUAAUAAUAAUUUGGUUUUGUUUAAGCUAAUUAAUUGAUGCCCAAAAAAAGAUUUCAACCACCAACUAAAAUGGGUGAUAAGAGCAAAGAACAAUUAACAUUAAAAAGUGAAAAAUAAUAAAAUAAAACAAAUUUUGAAGAUAAUAUUAUUAAUAAAAUUGAAUCUGAUAUCAUUGAAAUAAUGGAUAGACCUACUUAAUGGACUGAUAUAGUUGGUUUAGAUCAUGUAAGAGAUUAAGUUGUUGAAAUUGCUUUAUGGCCUUUGGAAAACCCAAAAUUAUUUGAAGGUAUUAUAUCACCAGGAAGUGGAUUAUUAUUAUUUGGGCCACCAGGAACUGGUAAGACUAUGAUAGGUAAAGCUAUAGCAAGUGAAGGAAAAGCUACUUUCUUUUCUAUUAAAGCUUCUACCUUAACAUCUAAGUAUGUUGGAGAAGGAGAAAAAACAGUUAGAGCUUUAUUUGCAUUAGCUGCUUAAAGAUAACCUAGUGUAAUAUUUUUUGAUGAAAUUGAUUCUCUAUUAUGUGCUAGAUCUGAAAAAGAUAAUGAAACAAGUAGAUAAAUAAAAACAGAAUUUAUGGUUUAAUUAGAAGGAGCUACUAGAGGAGGAUGUGAAAGAAUAGUUUUUAUAGGAGCUACAAAUAGACCUUAAGAAUUAGAUGAUGCAAUCAAAAGAAGAUUUUAAAAAAAGAUAUAUAUUCCAUUACCUAAUAAAGAGGGAAGAUAAUCAUAUUUUGAGAAUUUAAUCAUUAAAGAAGCAAAAGAAGGAAAGAGAAUUGAAAUGAAUACUUAAGAAUUAAUAUCUUUAGUAGAUUUAACAAAGGGAUAUUCAGGAGCUGAUAUUAGAAAUUUAAGUAGAGAGGUAGAUAUUAAAUAUUAAUUAAUAGGCUUGUAUGUAUGCUAUUAGAGAUGCUGCUAAAAUGUAUACAAUAAAAAAUUUGAAAUUAGAUUAAAUAAGAGCUACUACAAUUAGUGAUUUUUAGAGAGCUCUUUAAAUUGUUAAACCAACAGUGAAUCAUAAUGAUUUAAAAGAUUAUUUAAAAUGGAAUUAAUAAUUUGGAUCCUAUAAUUAUGAUGCAGAUAGUUUAGAUACUUGA